UAGCACCCAGCCGGGGCACGCGGCCGGGACGCCCCGGCCCUCCCAGCCUCUGUCCCCGGACCCAGAAGAUCUAGAAGGAGCCGCGGGGCUGCAGCCCUGCUCACCCGCCAUGGGCCCGCACCGCCCGAGACGCAAGCCCGAAACACCAAGGAGGCGCCCCGUGAGCCCGGCUCCCGCCGCCCGCCGGCCGGCCCGGUCCUUAGGCACAUCCUCCCGUCCACUUGCUCGCCGGGGACGUGGAAUCCUGAAGGAGAUCCGAACUCUUCAGAAGACCACACACCUGCUGUUAAGAAAGACCCCCUUCUGCCGCCUGGCAAGAGAAAUAUGUGUUCAAUUCACUCGUGGUGUGGACUUCAAUUGGCAAGCCCAGGCCCUGUUGGCCCUACAAGAGGCGGCAGAAGCAUUUCUAGUUCAUCUCUUCGAGGAUGCCUAUCUCCUCUCCUUACACGCCGGCCGCGUCACGCUCUUCCCCAAGGAUGUGCAGCUGGCCCGGAGGAUCCGAGGCAUUCAGGAAGGGCUUGGCUGAGCUCUGGCCACCCGUCCGAGUCUCUGGUUGGUACCAGAGCUUCUGCCUGUAGCCAGCUCCAGAUCCACGGAGUACAAGGUGUUGCCUGGACUUGCUCUCUCGAAGCAGAGCGUGCGAGUUGCUUUCGGAGUUAGUUUUUUUUUUAGAAGAAGACUGCAUGGCUUUCCUCUGUAACAGAGGUAAUAUAUGAGAGAAUCAACACAUUCCAGAAAUCCUGAGAAUAAUUUUCAGAUGAAGAGACUCUAAGGUUGACUUCACUUUGCAAAUUAUUCAUGUGACUGAUGAUUUGGAAGAGAUCAGAUUUUCUAGGUUAAGGGGGAAAAGGAUAUUUACUAAUUAUUUUAAAUCUUCUUGUACCAUUUAAAUUUUUUACCAUAUAUAUAUAUUUACUUUUAUUUAAAACAUGAUGGAAAAAAAUAAGAGAAGACCAGUCAGUUGCAUGGAAGAGCCUGGCGCAUCCAGCGUACAAAUCUCUGUCCUUCAGAUUGACUUCAUCGUUAACAGCAGAAGCAAGUUUGUAUGUGGACUGUACCUGUCAAAAGAUUAUACAGCUUUUCAAAAACUCAUUUGGGAUGAAAACAGAAAAUUGUUAAGGUUUGAUGUUCUGGGUCCUUCUGGUAAAUUCCUGCCAAAAUCAUUCAGAAAUUCCAACUUGUAGAAUUUAUUUUAUUUUUUAUUUGCAAGUCAUAGAAGAUGUAUCAUAAUUUAUACUUCAGAAUUUUUCAUUCCAGGAUUUUAAAGAGCCUUUUCAAUGUUUUUAUAGGUAUUUUUAUAACUUCCUUGUGGAGAGAUAAUAAAAAUAGUUCUUAAUGAA